CAUCGCCACCCGUCGCUGUAAAGUUCUCAAACCCCUUUUCACUUCCAAAUCUAUUUGUUAUUUUAUAUAUAUAUCAUACAUAUCAUACAAUCUAUUUCUUUUAAAUAUACCUUCCUGCCUUAGAUUGUGUUAUAUAAUAACAAUACAGACAAUUUUAAUGGCUGAUUCUUCUGCUGCUUACAUUCAUAUGGUACAACACUUGAUCGAAAAGUGCUUGAUCUUCCAUAUGAAUAAAGAUGAGUGUAUUGAAGCUCUCUCCAAACAUGCUAACAUCAGCCCCAUCAUCACAUCUACUGUGUGGAAGGAGUUGGAGAAAGAAAAUAGGGAAUUCUUUGAAGCUUAUUCAGAAUGUAAGGGAAGAAAUGAUAGAAUAUUGGCUGAAGAAGAGACAAGGAAGUUAAUCCAAAGGAUGAUGUCUAAACAUAGUGAUGACUAGUUAGCUAAAAUAUUUGAUCUACCUAGCUAUAUACACAUGCAUGCACCAAAUUAACUAGUGAUUAUGACUUUUUCAUU